UUUUUUUUUUUUUGAAAGCAAAGAAAACAAAACGACGAUGAUAACAUUGGCCAAGAAGCAAGCUUAUCGUAGUAACGAUCAUAAUGAUGAUCAAGCAACAACUUCUUAUAUUUAUAAGAAUGAUCACAUAAAGUGUGGCGAAGUAUUCACGUGGCUAUGUGAAGGCGAGUUUUUUGCUGUCGAAUGCCAUUUAUGCGAAGACCGUCCUUUAUGCCCCCUAACCGAGUACGCUCAACAUAUGGAAGUAUGGCAUAUAGAAUGUGGCGAAGUCUGGUUGGGAGGAUGCAGAAUAUUGACGGCUAAAAAUAACGAAACAGAGAAAGAAACCUAUGAGGAAAUAGACGACUCCCAAGCUGGCGAUAGCAUUUGUGAACACGAAGGACGCGAAAAUCUCAUAAGUAAUUUAGAAGAGCAAACUUUGGAACCGUUCGAAGAAGUUCUUAUCGAGGAAGACUUGUACGAUCCACACACAACAUACGCGCAACAUACACAAGAAGAAGAUGUUAACAUAACACCAUUAAUAAACGCACGUUACAAUGGCAAAUGUGAGACAAAAACUAGAGAAAAAAAAUCGAGAAAAAAUCUGAGAAAAACACAAAACUUUAUUAACAAAGAAAAUGAGCAGCGACCACAACGGCAACUGUUGGUAAAGUUUGCAAACACAAAACGGGCUAACAAAAAAAAUUGGACAAAGAAGAUCACGUGUAAAACAAACAACUUGAAUCCGUACCGGCUAACGUACUGCAGGAGAAGACUUCAACGCAAUGAGUUACAAUCGAAUGAAAAAAGCUUUGACAAUUUUUGUUUACGGAAAAAACUGCUUGGAAACAAUAUCAAAUUAAGUGAACGUCUGUUUAAACGAAGAUAUAGCGGACGAAAGAAAUGCAAAAAAUUAAAUAAAACGAAUGCGACUGAUUACCGAAAACAACAUCAACUGGCAAAAGAUGCGCAAACCAAUCAAAAGAUAAACUCUCUGCCAGAAGCAGAGAUCUAUCUAAGCGAUCGAAAUAGCGCGGAAAGCUCGAUCUUGAAGAGAGAAGAAGAAGAAGAAGAAGAAGAUGAUGUAGCUAAUACGCACAACUACGAAAGAUACGAUGAGAUGAGUAACGCGCAUAACUUAAUUUCUGAAAACGUAAAGGAACAGUCUAAAGACACCUUCACCAAAUUAUUUGAACUAGUUAUUGAAGAGAGUGAAGAAGACGAUACUCAAAAGAACGACAUUUCAGAGUCGAUUGAAAAAAUCUUCAACAAAUCCGAAAGCUCGGUUAAAAACGCAGUAAAUAGGCAGUGUCUUAAAAAUUCGGAAAACAUUGAAAAUUGGAAAAAUGAAAAACGUAUUCCGAAUUGGGAAAAAAUCAAUGCCAUAGAAAAAACGGCGGACGAAAAUCAGUUAAUGUGUGUAGAAAAUUUGAAUCAAUCUAAGAAUGGCGCGGAUAAUGAGCAAAAUGUACAAGAAAAAUGUAAAGAACAUUUUAGAGAGACACGUCGUCAUCGAGGGAAUGAGCCAACAGAUGAGGUAAUGCGACGACGCUCAUCAUCCUCUCAUUCGCUUGCAUUUUCAUCAUAUUCGCUCAACAGGCAAUUUCAAUAUCACCGGCCUCAGGUGAAAGUUACGAGUGAGCAAUUCGGUCAACUUAUUGCGCUUUAUCGCGAUGCUCCCUGUCUGUGGGAUCAAUCUGAUCCUCAAUUCUGCGACGCGCAUCAUUGCAAACAAGUAUGGCAGAGAAUCACUGCAGCUUGGAAUAAAUCUUGCAAGCGUCACUUCUCCACGACCAAUAUACGUAUGCGUAUAUGGAACUUGUGUCGGCGUUAUCUGAAAGCGAAGGAACGCUACCAACUAAAAGACGAAUUGGCUGACACUAGCGCAUUUCCCUAUUACAAACAAAUGCAGUUUUUAGAUAAUCAAAAACCUGUACAAAAACGCAAGCAAUUCUAUGAAAAACAAAACUCAAUAAUUUUGAAUAUAUAUCGACAUUUCCCUUUACUUUGGCACAUACGUUACUAUAAGGUAAAAUGUUCGAGGCAGAGACAGCAAGCUUGGUUGGGUAUUAGGAGCGCUCUCAAAUUCUAUGGCCAUGAUUUAUCUCUAAGCGUGAUACAAAAGAGGAUACGUUCACUGCGUAGGUGUUACCGCAAGGAGAAAAUACGUUUUCUCCGUUCACCCAACGAAAAGGCUGAAUUUCACGCAAUAUUCAAACAUUACAAAGAAAUGAUGUUUUUAAAUGCGCACACUAAGCCGUUCGAAUGUCGAACUUGUAAGCGAACUUUUGAGAAUUUACUCAAUUAUAAAUUACACUUUAAUAACGAAGGCAAUGGUAAGUGCUGUGUAGAGGCCAAGCAAGAAUCGAAGCCUCUCGAAAGCUAUGACAUAUGUCAUAGGAAGAAAAAUGAAGAUUUAAUAGUAUUCUCUCCACGUUGCCCAGACGAAACAGAAGUAUCGAGUUUAUCCAGUGAUGUUCAAAACAGGAUAUUGAAAAACUCCACCAAAGGUGCUAUAGAAAGUUCUCUUUUCCAACGUAAAAACAGCUCAAACAUACGAUUAACUGAAUCAGAAGUUCACCAUUUGAUUGCUUUGUAUCAACAACUACCACAACUUUGGAAUCCAAAUCAUUUAGAUUACAAUUCCCGAAAUUUGAAACGUCAGGCAUGGCAAACGCUCUGUACUCAACUCAAUAAUUUUACGUCCAAAAAUUAUAGCUGGAAAACUGUCUAUCGCAAAGUGUUAGACUACGUUAAAUAUUAUAACCGUGAAAAAGGACUAAUCAGAAAAAUGCAUAAAAAAUCUAUAAAUAGAUGGACGUUUUAUAAAGAUUUCAAAUUUUUGGAUGAAGUGCGUAGCCAUGAGAUGUCUUCACCUGUACAAUAUAAGGAUAGUAAUAUAAAAAUUAUUUUUAUUUAUAAAACCCUGCCUCAGUUGUGGGAUACUACGCAUCCAAAUUAUAACAAGCAUAAUAAUAAGCAACGUAGUUUGGAAAUUUUAUGCAAUCGCUUGCAAGAAGAAUGCCAAGUGCAACUGACGCCAGAGCGCGUUAAACAGCGCUUAACGGACUUGAAAUGCCAAUAUCGAUUGGCCAAAAAACAGCAACUAGAUGCCUCGAAACAGGAAAUAUCAUUCCGAACCGAUUUUGAAUAUUAUGAGUAUAUGACAUUUCUGGAUCGACAUGUGGCGCCAUUUAUAUGCGAUAUAUGUCAAAUUGAAUUUAAACGCUUCAAAGAUUUCAGUUUGCAUCAAAGACGGGAACAUGAAAAAUAUAAACGGGAACGUAAACAAGUUAUGCCCUUAACCCCCUCUGAAGAAUCGGAACAUGUAUGUCACAUUUGCGGUUUUACGUUUACAUUGCGUCAUAAUCUGCGCUUACAUCUUCAACGACAUGAGGGCAUACGAAACCAUCCUUGUUCCUUCUGCCCUAAGAGAUUUUACAAUUCUUAUUCACUGAAAGUGCAUGAACGCUCCCAUACAAAAGAGUAUCCAUUCACAUGCGAGAAAUGCGGUCAGCGAUUUGCAAUAGCUAGCAAAUUAAAUUUACAUAUAAAACGGCAUUCAGGUAAAUGUGAAUAUGCUUGCGGUCAUUGUUCGAAAUCAUUUUAUACGGCCUUUGAGAGAGAUCGACAUGUUCGCUGGCAUUUAAAUAUACGAGAUAAGGUUUGUCCGACUUGCGGGAAAACAUUUGUCUCCGGUUCUUCGUAUUACACACAUUUAAUGUUGCAUAAGGAAGUCAAACGUUAUGUUUGCGAUAAAUGCGACAAACGUUUCGCUCAACAUUCUGGUUUAUAUAAACAUAAAAAAAGACAUCACCAAUAGCAAGCAUAUAAAAACAUUAUGGAUGUUUUUACAAAAAACAAUAAAAAAAAUUUAUUCAUUCAUUCAUCACAUUUGGCAAAAC